CCGCCCAAGGGCAUCCUGAAGGCGCAGGCGGCGUCGAGCCUGGCGCGGUCGCCGAGCAGGCCGCGCGUGUCCAUCAACGUCCAGGACAACGAGAUCUCCCUGGAGCGGACCCGGCUGUGGCGCGGCGUCGGCGGCAACGGCAAGAGGCAGCAGCAGCAGCAGCAGCAGCAGGCGGGGCCGCGGAGGCGGAGCGUGGAGGAGGUGCUGCGCGAGGCCGGCGCCGACAUCAUCGGGCUGCAGAACGUGCGCGCCGAGGAGGAGCGCGGGAUGCGGCCGCUGUCGGAGCUGGCCGAGGGCCUGGGCAUGCGCUACGUGUUCGCCGAGAGCUGGGCGCCCCAGUACGGCAACGCCGUGCUCUCCCGCUGGCCCAUCAAGCGCUGGAAGGCGCACCGCGUCGCCGACCAGUCGGACUUCCGGAACGUGCUGCGCGUGACGAUCGAGGUGCCGGACGCCGGCGAGGUGAACUUCCACUGCACGCACCUGGACCACCUGGACGAGGGGUGGAGGAUGAAGCAGGUGGACGCCAUCAUGCGCUCCGGCGGCGACGGCCCGCACAUCCUCGCCGGCGGCCUCAACGCGCUCGACGGCACCGACUACUCCGCCGACCGAUGGGCCGACAUCGUCAAGUACUACGAGGAGAUCGGCAAGCCGACGCCCAAGGUGGAGGUGAUGCAGUACCUCAAGGCGAAGCAGUACGUCGACGCCAAGGACUUCGCGGGAGAAUGCGAGGCGGUGGUGGUCGUGGCCAAAGGGCAAGACGUGCAGGGGACGUGCAAGUACGGCACGAGGGUGGACUACAUCAUGGCGUCGCCCAACUGCCCCUACAAGUUCGUGCCCGGAUCCUACACGGUCGUCUCCUCCAAAGGGACGUCGGACCAUCACGUCGUCCGGGUCGACGUCGCCGUACCUCACGCCAGAGAGCCCGAUGACGCCGAGGCCACCGCGAACGGGCAGCGCAGCAGAGUGGUCAAGAUGACCAAGAAGAGCUCGAGAAAGGGGAUAUGGGGAGCUAAAUGAAUGAACAGGGUAGUUUUGUGUGUGUGUGUGUUUUUUUCUCUCAAAGUUUCUUUUGGCCGCGUUCUUUCUUUUUUUAUCUGGGGGUGAUGUGGAGGGUGGGUUGCUUGGAAUUGUGUAUAUGCCUGUGGUGGUUGCUUUGAGGCCGAAGGUGCCUGGUUUGCAGUGGCUGCUGCGAUAGAUGUGGCCAACGAGUGGAAACUGGAAAGCAACGUAUUUUUGGCCCGGUUUCACUUUU